AUGGGUCUCACCUUUUCUAAGCUUUUCGACAAGUUGUGGGGGAAGAAGGAGAUGAGAAUUCUGAUGGUUGGUCUCGAUGCCGCCGGUAAAACCACCAUUCUGUACAAGCUUAAGCUUGGCGAAAUCGUCACCACCAUUCCUACCAUUGGUAAGGUUUCCCCAACCACUCUUGGGCCCGUCUUGCCAAUUACUCUCCUCCGCUGCUCUUGCCUUCUCGCAUCCCGAAGAGCACCUCUCCAUACUGUCAUGCUAACUCCCCCCCUUUUUUCAGGUUUCAACGUCGAGACUGUCGAGUACAAGAACAUCCAGUUUACCGUGUGGGACGUCGGUGGUCAGGACAAGAUCCGUCCUCUAUGGAGACAUUACUUCCAGAACACUCAGGGUAUCAUCUUCGUCGUCGACAGCAACGAUCGUGACCGUGUUGUCGAGGCCCGUGAGGAACUCCAGCGCAUGCUCAACGAGGAUGAGCUGCGAGAGGCCAUCCUGUUGGUCUUUGCCAACAAGCAAGAUCUUCCUAACGCCAUGAAUGCUGCCGAGAUCACUGACAAGCUCGGCCUCCACAGCCUGCGGCAACGCGCCUGGUACAUCCAGUCCACUUGUGCCACGUCUGGUGACGGUCUGUACGAGGGUCUUGAGUGGCUCGCCACCACCCUCCGUAAGGCCGGCCACCAGUAG